AUGCGAUCCCAAAUCAUCCCCGAUCCCACCAUCGAAAAUCGUUACCAAACUGAACGCGAAAAAAGAAUCAGGCCUGAUGCCGCGGAACAAUUCCUUAAUCUGAACACGGCGGAGAACCUGUCCGAUCUGAACAAGGACAUCUGGGUUGAUCAUGAUGCACUCAAUAAUUCUACUUCUCCCGUUCGCGACGGUGAUUUUUACGAUGUACUCAUCUUAGGAGCUGGAUACGGUGGUCUUCUGUUUGCUGCACGACUGGUUCAGGCUGGCAUGUCGGCUGAAGGCAUUCGAAUCGUAGAUAACGCAGGUGGCUUUGGGGGAACUUGGUACUGGAACAGAUAUCCUGGACUUAUGUGCGAUGUAGAAAGCUACAUGUAUAUGCCGCUCCUAGAGGAGACAGGAUACAUGCCACAGCACAAGUAUGCAUAUGGUCCAGAGCUACUGGAACAUGCCAACCGGCUAGCAAGUCACUUUGAUCUACAGGACAAAGCAUUGUUCCGAUCUCGUGUGACUGAGAUGAGAUGGAACGAUGAAGCACGCUAUUGGACAUCCCAGAUUUAUGAGAACAGAGGCCCUACACAAUCAGGUCGAUCAUUGAGGGUAAAUUCUCGAUUCGUCAUCACUACGGGUGGUCUGCUGAACGUGCCACGUGUGCCGAAUAUUGAAGGCUUGAGUACCACAAAAAUCCCACUAUUUCACUCGGCCAGAUGGAGGUAUGACCUCACGGGCGGUACACCUACAGAGCAGGAGAUGGAGAAGUUGAGAGACAAAAGAGUUGGAAUUAUUGGUACAGGGUCUACAGCUGUUCAAAUUGUGCCAGAACUUGCAAAGUGGUCCAAGCAUCUCCUCGUGUUCCAGCGCACUCCGACAUCGUGCGAUGUUCGUGGCCAGCGGAAGACUGACCUCGACGAAUGGAAACAAAUUACAGCUCAGAAGGGGUGGCAAAGAGAAAGAAACCAUAACUUUAACCACUUCCUAAGAGGUGAGCCGCUUCAAGUGGAUCUGGUCCGCGAUGGUUGGUGCCAAAUGCCAAGUUUUAGCGCGGUGAUAGGUGGGUCGGCUCGCAAAGGGAAAAUCCAUCCAGAAGCAGUCGAAACCCAUAUUGCUGAGCUUAAUGCUAUUGACUUUCCAAGAGCACAAAGAUUAAGAGAACGUGUCGAUGAUAUCGUUCACGAUAAAACAACGGCAGAGAAACUGAAAUCAUGGUAUCCAACCUACUGCAAACGGCCAACUUUUCACGACGAGUACCUGCAAUCCUUUAAUCGACCGAAUGUCGAGCUGAUUGAGACAUCAGGAUUUGGUGUGGAGAGUAUUACAGAGCAUGGCGUAAUUGUUAAUGGUAUUGAGCAUGAGGUUGAUUUGCUUGUACUGAGCACUGGUUUUCGAGCCAGGGCUACAGAUGGUGCACACACACCAUCACGGAAUUGCAACAUGGAAGUGUUCGGGCGAAACGGGCUUAACAUGAACGACAAAUGGGAUGAAAAAGGACCAGUCACUUUUCACGGAUGUUGCACACACGACUUUCCCAACUUUUUCUUCAGUGCACUCUCCCAGAGUGGCGUUGCUUGUAAGACAGGCAAUGCAUCUUACCUUUUGGACAAUCAUGCAAGACUCGUGGCAUACUACGUGCAAUCAGCGCGCAAAGCAACGAAAACUGAUGUGUUCGCAAUUGAGCCAUCGCGUGAUGCAGAAGAAGAAUGGGCGAACGAGUGUGCCAGCAUGUCGACCUGGUUUGCUGCCGUUUCACCAUGCACUCCAGGAAAUUUCAACAACUUUGGGAAGAGGAUCACAGAUCCAGCGAUUCAACAAAAGCUUGCGCGAGCUGCGCCAUGGGGAUUUGGCAGCCAGGACUACGUAGAGCGCAUCGAAAAAUGGUGCCAAUCUGGAAGUCUCCAAGGACUUCUAAUCUCUACUCGUCCUACUGCAAUAAGGGCACCCUAG